AGAUAGGAAUUCAACAACCUUCCUGCUCACGCCAAAGGCACUUCCCUGAAAUCGCAAGCUGGAAUCGUGUUUGACACAGCACGACGCGCGAACGCAUGAGGUAUAGUUGUUGGUGUCUGAAAAAAGUUGGUUUGUUGGUUUUUACUAGAAGUAUGCUGUUUUAUGUUGACUGUGUAUUAAUUAAAAUAAGUGUUUGACAGUGUUAAUCAGCCGAGAUACAGCUUAUGCGAAGCUAAGAAUGAUGGAUGUGGACCAGCCGGUUUCAUCCACAACCGAAGCAGAAUCUUCGCCAACAUCACAAGAAACAGCUCCGGAAAAGUCACCCGGGAUGAUCGUACGGGAAAAUGACGAUUUACCAGCUUUGCUCAUAAGCGAUAGCGAAGAGGAUGAAGCCCCCAAGGUUGCGACCGAGGAAAAGAAGACGGAGGAUAUUUCGGGUAUAACGCCUAUCGAGACAACGGUCCCAAAUGCAAAUGACAAAUGUGACGAUACGGGAAAUGAAACAACGAUAUGUUCAACAUUGACAACGCAAGAAACAUCUGCCCUGUCGGCUGCAGAUGGGGAAGAGAUCUCGCUGGUGGAAAACAUCGAUUUGACAGGUGCGUCCAGUGCAGAAGAUUCGGGUGUUAAUGAGCCAAGCAGCGAAAGGAUGACUACCCCGUCAAAAGUGAAAACACCGGUACCGAGUAAACCUAGUUCCGAAAUGACGGCUCAGGAACUGCUGGAAUCGUUGCUCGAGGCUCAGGAGGAAGCGUUUGCAUCGCAAAGAGCGUCAUCGAACGCGGAAAAAGAACUGGCGGAAGCAACCCAGCAAUCUAAAGCAGCGAAUAACAUGUUGACUGCUUCAAAGACAGAAAAGACCUCUGGCAGCAACCUCGAUUGUAAGGUAGGAGAGAUUGCGAAAGAAUCAACAAAUCAGGGAGCUGCUAAUCAAGAUGAAAACGGUUCGAAAAUGGACACAAUUGUGGUGGAUGACGAAUGUUUGCUCGAAGAAAUGGUUAAUGCACUAGAGGGGCAACAGGAGAUGGACAUCGAUGAAGAUCGAACUGGAUCUAAUAACUCUCUGUGCAGUGAUGAUGGUAGCGGUGCUAACCACAAGUCGGACGGUGCAGAACAAGCAAGUGCUUUGGAAAGUAAUGAUAAUUUUGCGACACUUUCAGAAAAAAGAGAUAACAAAAAUUGUGACGACGCGUUACAGUGUUCAGAGCCGCCGAGAAAACGAGCUCGAUCGAUGGCAACUGAUCCGGAACCACAAUUGAAAACUGAUUCUGCGUUUCGCGGUAUAGAAAACGAUACCAUAAAAAACGGAAAAGCAUCUGAAGAAUCUGGGGAAAAAACGGAGCUUCAGACAGAACGCUUAAAUUUACAUUCGGAAAUCAAGACAAACUUGUCAUCAUCUGAGUCGAAGUCAGCAGGUGCAUCCCUUGACAAAUCAAAAGCUGCCAUGAUGAUAGGUAGUAGUGACACACCAAAUGACAGCAACGGUUCGCUAGAUGGUGGUUCACAAAAGAAACAGUGCAUCCUAGAAGGCGGUCAGAAAAAUGUUCAUGCCAUAGAAACCUCAGUUUGUCCUGAAGUGUUGGUGAUAGAUGACGAUGAUGACGAGGCGGAAGAGACUAGUAACGAAGCAGUGGAUACAAACGACAAAAAAUCAGAUGUAUCGCCAGAAAAUAACUUACUAACGGACCAACACAGCGAAACGUCCGUCCAGAAUGCGGAUGAAGAUCCAAAGUCUGCUGCCUCUGUUGCAGCAGAAAAGAUGGAAGCUACCCCAAUGGCCCAUUCCACUGAAGGAGAAAUGGAAACCAGCCCAACGGCGAUGGAGUUCUUGCGACGGUUCAACAAACCGAUCUCACUGAUGACUCGCUCUGAUUUGGAACAAUUGGUUUUGCAAAAAAUAAGUGAAGCCAUAGUUCAUCAGGGUGAAAACGCAGAAUUGCGCAAGAUCAUUAAGAGACAGUCGGCAAAGCUGCAAGGAUACGAGCGUACCAUAUUCGAUAUGUCCAGCCACUACGACGGUUUGAAGUUAGUAGCCGAAAGAGCUGUAGAGGAUAUGAAGAAGCGCGCCAAAUGUUUUGUAGCGCCGGUGAAAAUAACUCGCGCUGUUGGAUUGCAAGUUUCCAGACCCGCAAUGGAAAUGACACAUUCUAAUAAACCAUGGUCAAGCUACUCAAAAAUUGUGCCCGAAAAACAGAAUAAUCUACCCGUCACAGGGACAGUGGUGACGAAUGGAACCAUUGAGAACAGGGCGCAGAGUAGUAAAGCUAACGAACCGGCGAACAAACCUUCUCAGCUUACUACUGGACCGUUUCCCAGUGGACAGCAAAACACAUCGUCGAAUGUAAUUCGUUCACAGCUUUCAAACAAUGUAUCUCCCAUGGCUGCUGCGCGCAUCACUCCAAACAGUCCUAUGACCAAUGGCAUGACACGAACCGUGAAUUCUCAGGCUGGGAAGCUUAGCAACAGCACUGCAACGACCACCUUGAACACUACGGUGGGCAACACAGUAAAAAUGGCACCAGUGCCUAACAAUGGUGGCCCUGGUACGUCUAUUGCCAACACUGCCAGAUUUACCAAUCCAUUGACCAACACUAGCCCGGCAGCUAACCGGACUGCGGGUGGAAUGGAUAGUACCGUUCGCAAAAAGUUUCACAAAUUCACUCCUAAGCGACCACCGUUGUCCCCGUAUCAACAGGCACAGCAAGAGAAACAGGUUAGACAGCAGCAGGAAUUGUUAGUACAGCAGAUUCACGAACAAAGUCAGCAAGCACAGCAGCGAAAACCUCAAGUGAAUGUUCGUACAGAUCUGCUGACUGUGGAUGGUUGCGCAGCCUUAACGGCAUUGGAUGCGGCAACUCGGCAAAGAACAAGUGAUGCAGCGAUUCAACAGGGCCGACCGUUGAAUGCUAACGUUCAAAUGUCGGUUCCACAGAGUUAUCAGGCUGUUCCGCUCGGAGGCACGCGAGCUACACCUAUCAUGAUAAACUCUACUACAAUACAAUUGACUGAGGUUAAAUCAAACUCUUCACAACCGACUAGGGUUUCUUCGUCUGCAAACGAUUCGUUAAUCGAUUUAACCGAUGAAGACGACAUCACUGCUGUUAAGGAGGGCUUACAUUCAUCUAUACUCGUGAAACGGGUGAAACCUUCACAGGGCGAUUCAAUUACAGCAACAACAUCGAGCCAAGCAAAUAAUCCGGGUAUUGCUUCCAACCAGUUUCAACGCACUCAACCGAGGAUAAACACACUGAACGGUAGUGAGAUUGCUCCUACUGUCGCUAGCAGUGCUGCAGCUGGAGAUAUAAACCAAUUUAACAACGCUAUUGUUCGAGCACCACUGAAUGUGAAUCGCAGCAACAAUCCUCUUCAACCAUCGCGCCAUCCUACCUACAAUAGUAAUUUGUCACGUCCUCCUGCUUCAUCAACAGAUGUGGUAAAAAAACGUGUAUUAAUCAAACCAGUACUGGCACCGCUUCCGCCUCCAGGACCACAGCCCAGCGAUCCGACUUGGAAACUGUCGCCUCCACAGCCAUCGAUAUGUGUCAACAACGUACAAGCUGGCAUUGUUAUUUCAUGGACAAUGCCUUCGCUUACGGAUCUUCAUGCUGAUAUAGAAACGUAUCAAAUUUACGCAUAUCAAGAGUUGUCCAUGCCUACGUCUCUGGAAGAAUGGCGUCAUGUUGGAGAUGUGAAAGCGUUGCUUCUGCCGAUGGCUGUCACCCUGACGCAGUUCCAAGAGGGCCAAAGGUAUUAUUUCGCAGUGCGGGCAAUCGACGUACACAAACGAGUCGGCAAGUUCUGCGAUCCGCGCACCUGGAACGAGACCAACGUGUCUAAUGUUUGAAUAAACUCAACCAUGAAUAAGUCAUAGUCUUCUAAAUGACCGUACUACUAAUAGGCAACAAACUUAGCAAGUUCGGCAGAAGAUAUGAAAUGAUGGUCUGGCAAUGAAGUUAGGCAAACAUACAAAUUUGUAAUGUAAACAUUAAGAAGCUGGUACAAGUGUUCGGUGAUGUAAAACGGCGCAACUAUUCUGCUUCGAGUUACUGGACGAUUACGCCGUCGAGUGGUGUCGAGCGCAAAAUUAUCAUUGUUUAUGUUUUGCGCUUUAAUCGUCUUUUGUGAAAUAAUCAGUAAAUCGAGAUGAAGAUCCUGUUGAAGCUUGAUAGAAGUUAACUAAUUUACCGUAGCAAAUUAGUACUUCCUCUGUCGAACAAAAUAACACAAUUAAGGAUCUAUUGAAAUUAUUGAAAAAAAUAAACCGAUGAAUUUUUCCCCAUCAUCAUUUGCGAGAACCCUGCCCGGCCAGGUUCAAACCCGGCUAUUAUUCUACGUGUCUACAAGACAUGCCCACAAAUGUACAAGGGGAUACUGAACCAUAAACCAGGUAGUGGAGAUCGUAGACAGCGUUCCUUGGAUGUAAACUUAUUAAAACAACAAAUUAUGUAAUAAAGGCGUCAACCAGUAUGGUUGCAUUUUACACCACAUCUUUGCUAUUUAAUUUUGCAACACAAUACAGUAUACUACAGUAAAACAUCGAUUAUCUGGCCAACUGCGGCUUCAUGUUGAUUAAUCGACUUCCACAGAUAACAGGACUUGCAGCUUUGUACGUUAUUUAAAAGAUGAAGAUGAUGGGUCAACAC